AUGGCUUCAACCGGCAGCGAGGUGCCCGCUGAGGCAAACGGGAACCAUGACCACAUUCUGCGCCCUCGGCCCAGGAAACCACAGCAUUCGCAGCUGUCCGAACUCGUCAGGGAGCACAGCAACACGGCCGCCAAUGGCCUACUCGCGCCUGGCGACGGCAUCGCCUCUGGCAUGACGAGUGGGAGAUCAACGCCCAUCGCCGAAGAUGCCCCCGACUCGGCCAAGGCCCUGUCCAGCGCCCGCAAGCAGGUCCGCGCCGAGCAGCGUCGCCGUCUCUUUCCCACCGUCGACUUCACCUCGCGCGUGUCCCAUUUCGACCCGACCUCCGACUACAGGGACUUCCAUGGCUUCUUCAACCUCUUCUGGAUCGGCCUGGCCAUCAUGGCCAUCACCACCGGCCUGCGCAACAUCAAGGACACGGGACACCCCCUGAGGGUGCAGAUCUGGACCCUCUUCACCGUCAAGCUCUGGCAUCUGGCCAUAGCCGACUUCCUCAUGGUCGCCAGCACCGCCGUGAGCCUGCCGCUGCACCGCAUCGUCAGGAAGAGCCAGGACGGCAUGACGUGGAAGAAGGGCGGCAUGGCCGUGCAGAGCAUAUACCAGGUCUUCUGGCUGGCUUUCUGGAUCGCCGUGCCUUUCCUGCUCAAGUGGCCCUGGACGGCCCAGGUCUUCCUGCUGCUGCACACCAUGGUGCUCCUAAUGAAGAUGCACUCGUACGCCUUCUACAACGGCCACCUCUCCGAGACCGAGAAGCGUCUGCACGAUCUCGACAACCCCGCCACGGCCUCCAAGGCGCCGGCAUACCAAUACCCCAGCGUGGAGAACCCCAUGGGCACUCUGGCGCACGACGGCCAGCCGCACGACAGCGACUCCGACGGCGAGGGCGUCAACCAACUGCGCGAGGAUCUGGCGCGGGAGCUGACCAGCCCCAUCGGCAACAUUACGUACCCGCGCAACCUCACAUGGGCCAACUACUUCGACUACAUCCUCUGCCCUACCCUGUGCUACGAGUUGGAGUACCCGAGGAUGGCGGCCGUCAACUGGACGUCCCUGAUUGCCAAGAUCGUGGCCACCUUUGGCUGCAUCUUCCUGCUGACCAUCAUCUCGGAGGAGUACAUUCUUCCCGUGCUGCAGGAGUCGCAUGUGCGCAUCGAGUCGGCCUCAUCGGUCGGGGACACCCUUCUGAUCCUGGCCGAGACCAUCUCCUGGCUCCUCUUCCCCUUCAUGCUGACGUUCCUCCUCGUCUUCCUUGUCAUCUUCGAGUACGUGCUGGGCGCGUUCGCCGAGAUAACAUGCUUUGGCGAUCGUCACUUCUACGCCGACUGGUGGAACAGCACGGACUGGAUGGAGUUCUCGCGUGAGUGGAACGUGCCUGUCUACUCCUUCCUGCGUCGACACGUCUAUGCCACCUCGAAGCCGAGAAUCGGCAGGGGCAUGGCGACGCUCAUCACCUUCUUGAUCAGUGCAAUCGGCCACGAAAUCGUCAUGGCCUGCAUUACCAAGAAGCUGCGGGGCUACGGGUUCGUGUGCCAGAUGCUGCAGUUGCCAUUGGUGGCGCUCCAAAAGACAAAGUGGGUAAGAGGUCGGGAGACGGCAAACAACGUCGUGUUCUGGUGCAGCAUGAUCAUGGGCUUGAGCUUGAUCUGCUCUCUCUAUGUUUUGGUUUAA